CACUGCUCAACACCCCCCCAGAGACGUGAGUAGAUAAUGAGGACCCCCUGCCAGCGGUGACUGGUCUCCUCCGUGCUUCAGAGACACCGAGCAUCCUCAUCUUCCGCCCCCCAAUUUUUUUGGACGUUCAUCUGCCUUUCAACAAUGUAGGAGAAGGUGCGCUGUCAUUUCAGCGACGAGGAUGCCAACUACAUGCCUUGUUUUUGCUCUCCGCACCUUACAUCUUUGUCUCCACAGCCGAGGGGGGAUAUGAAAGAUUUCCGUGAAGGCAAAGUUUGAGGGUACCUCUGUCGGUUUUCCCGCUCACCUGUCCGCCUGCACGCGCGAGCCCCCCUCUCUCCGUUUAACUGAUAACGAGGAAGAUUAAAGAACAAUUGACGUGCAACUUGAAAGACACCUGACUAUUGUUCUGGCAUUUUGAGUGGGAUUUGGCAGCGCUGUUGAAGGAAUUUGAUGUGCGCAACGUUGAAGGAUAUGGCUUAAAUAAUGGUUGCGUUACUGACAGCCGGAGUAAGGUCCGUCACUUGAGUGCUUUUAUCAGCUAUUGUCGACUUUGGAGGAAACCCAUCUAAAUGGGAGGAUACCUGGAGGACUGAGUCGGAUUCGGCAGUCGAGAAAAAUGUGGAUAAAACGGAGUGUUGCGCGCAGUCCGUCUGCUUUGAGGCCAGGCAGCUGUGUGGGGCACCGGGUGUGGAUCCUGCUGGCCAUGACCCACCUCACCUUGGACUUCUCUGUGUGCAGCCCCCUCAGUCAGGGCAUGGGGGUCAAACUCACGCCUAAAUCGGUGCCUCGCUCUCGACCUCGCUGGCAGCCACUCUGGGACACACCCAACAAGCUUCACUGGAGAACAGUCAGCCCAUUGGCCCGCCGGCUCCUCAACCCUGUCCCUCCACCCCAAGACAACAGGGCAGGGCUAGGGCCAAAGGUCAAGGGUCAAAAGCAUCGGAAGCCAGUGCAUAAAGGACAAGCAGCGUGUAAGGAGUGCCGGUUGAGAUACUCUCAAAAGGAGACAGGUGAUCCUUUGGCUGUAAUAGCCGAAGCUCCAGCAGCUUUACCCAGCGGGAGCAGAGGAGACACAGUGAGGUUGUUACUUAGAGCUAGGAGGCAGCUCAAAUGGGACAGCUAUGACAAGUCUCAGGAGGGCCGAACUACCACAGUGGCUGGAUUUAUCGACUGGGGACCCACAGGGACAGAUAGCAUAGAUGAAGAUGGCAAACCGGAGCUCAACGUGACGCUGUCCACCAAGGUCUCAACUACCACAGUGGCCACAACCACUAGCACUACACCCAGGCUAGCCCAAAGGACGUUCACUGUGGUGACCACACCAGAGCCCAAGAGGCUCAGCACCACCAAGGCCACUGUCAGCUUCGGGGAGACUGUCAAACCACCAAAGCCAUAUGGGGACACACCAGGUUUGGCAGUUCACCAGAUAAUCACAAUCACUGUGUCUCUCAUUAUGGUUAUCGCAGCCUUGAUCACAACACUCGUCCUUAAAAACUGCUGUGCGCAGUCGGGAAAUGGCCGCCACAAUAGCCAUCAGCGCAAGAUCCACCAGCAGGAAGAAAGCUGCCAAAACCUGACAGACUUCACCCCGGCCCGGGUGCCCAGCAAGGUGGAUAUAUUCACUGCCUACAAUGACAGCCUGCAGUGCUCACAUGAGUGCGUUCGGACUGCCGUGCCCAUCUACACUGAUGAGAUGAUCCAGCAGACGCCUGUCUACAAGACUGCUUACAACGGAAACAGGCCCUCCCCCACUGAAAGACAACUGAUUCCUGUGGCCUUUGUGUCAGAGAAAUGGUUCGAGAUCUCUUGUUGACGAGCUGAAGACCUUGUUCACUUCCUGUGGGUGGAAGAGACUUCCUGAAUUCACGCUCUGGAUCCAGUUGGAAACAAGAAACACACAAAACAGCUUCUUUUGUAAAAUAGUGUGAUCACUCUUUGGACACUGGUGAAGAUAUUUAUUUUUCUAGAGAUGACAAGCAGAGCAGCCACAACGCUGCCACUCCAUAUUUCCAGGAACGUACAGUCAUUUAGAUAUAGAUUAUAUAUAGGUAUAUUUACAGGAUGCGUGGGACAAGACUGUGAACGUCACAAAUGUCUCAAGGAAAACAUUUGACAUUUGGGGGGAACAAAAGGAACCCAAGGAGCUGCUGUGGGUGGAAGAUGAACUGUAUUUCUGAACAAUGUGCCAAUAAUGCCACUAUGUGCCACAACCUGGAUAGAAGGAAGUUUCAACAACAACUGAUGGACUAAACAAAGAGCGCUAUAUUAACCCUGUAUCGACUCCAACUACAUUUUUUUUCUUUGUUUUGUUUUAUUAUUUUUUUUAAGAAAUGUGAAACAUAAAAAAAUGCUACAAAUGUAUUUGAAUAUGUUUUGAAAUAGUUUUAAGAAAUGUGUUGCAAAAGA